GGAAAAGUAACAAUUUUAUAAUGUAAUCUUAAAUAAAAUAGUUGAGGAUGACUCUCGCCUGGACGGUAAACAAGUCAUGGCCUUCAUAUCUGACUGGACACAACUCGGCAAUGAUAUAUUUUAUCGAAAGAAUGAGCUGUACACAAUGGAAUGGGGAGGGGGCAUUAACCUGGGAGACUUCCUGGUUGCUGCAGCACCUUAUGGGGGUCCUUUGGCUUUGACUCGUGAUGAAACCAAAUUCACCAAGACGCAGCAUGCUGGCAAACCUCUGAUAUUUAUCUUCAGUUCUUCUGGAAGAAAAAUUGCCUCCUUUAAAUGGACAAGUGGAUUCCUGUUAUCACUUGGUUGGUCACGGAGUGAAGACCUCGUGUGUGUGCAGGAGGAUGGGGCAGUGUUGCUCUAUGACAUGUUUGGUACCUAUCAACACACUUUUAAUAUGGGACAGGAGGUAAAGGACACUCAUAUCCAGAGUGCUCAAGUUUUCACAAGCCACAGGGAGACUGGAGUAGCCAUCUUAAGUAAAUCUAACCGGAUUUUCAUGGUUAAUAAUAUAUAUGAACCCAAAACCAGAAAAUAUCCAGAUAUACCUGGUGGUGGUGUAGAAUGCUGGUGUGUGGUGCGAGAGGAGCGCCAUACCAAUGUACUAGUUAGCCAAGGUCGUGACCUUCUCCUCCUGAAUCACAUUGAGCAGCGCCCUCAGGCUUUGUAUCCAGAAUGGAAUGAGGCUGGGGGCUGCAUUGUGGAAAUGGCUGUGUCUACUAAUUCUCGUCACAUAGCCCUUCUCUCUGACUCUGGCAAAUUGUGGAUUGGCUCUUCAGAUAUUCGGAUAAAAUACUGUGAAUAUGAUGCCAAGAGUCAAGUUAAACCAAAACAGCUAGCGUGGUGUGGCACAGGUGCUGUUGUCUUGCUGUGGGAUAUGACACUUGAGGUAGUAAGUGUAAAUGGAGAUGCUACAAGUUACUAUCUGGAUUCUACCUCACAUCUUGUGCAGGAAGUAGAUGGGGUGCGAGUAUUGGGUAGUAUUACCCAUGACUUGCUACAGAAAGUACCAUUAGUUGUGACUGAGACUCUUGGCAUUGGCUCUAUGGCUCCUGGUGCUCUUCUUCUUGAAGCAGCUAAGGGCUUUCAGGAGAGAAGCACCCGAGCCAAUGACUGUUUGGGCAUGAUUAAGGAUGCCAUGGAGGAAGCAGUUAAUCAGUGCCUACAGGCAGCUCAACAUGAAUAUUGUCCACAAGCCCAGAAAAUGCUACUCAGGGCAGCACUCUUUGGAAAAAGUUUUAUACCUGAGAUGAACCCAGAACUCUGCAAAAAGACCAUAUUUACUCUAAGAGUUCUUAAUGCUGUGCGGGAUUACAGAGUAGGAUUGCCAUUGACUUGGAAUCAGCUUGAGCACCUCACUCUCCCAGUGCUUCUGGAUAGAUUGGUGUUUCGUCGCUUUUUUCCAUUGGCACUACAGAUUGCUAGCUUUCUAAAGCUACCCGAGUCCGAUGGAACUUCACAUGACUGCAACGAAACUUUCCAUAUUGCACAGUCACCUUCACAUCCGCAGCUGUCAAGAAAAGGACAUGAACAGUCUCCGGACAUCCUGGUUCAAGAGGAUGAUUUCAUGGGCAGGGUCUCCUCAGAAUCAAAGAGGCCUUACACAGUCAGCUCGGGCAAUUCCACGUCAAGCAUCACGCUAGUGCCGUAUAACUCUGUUGAGAAGGCCAAGAGUCUAAAUAGAAUUGACAGUCAGACAGACAGUCAGAAUUCCAAAAUCAGUCCCUCAUUCAUAUUUCUGUUUCAGAUGCUCAUACGAAACUUUCCUAUUGCACAGUCACUUCACAUCCGCAGCUGUCAAGAACAGGACAUGGAACAGCUCCGGGACAUCCUGGUUCAAGAGGAUGAUUUUCAUGGGCAGGGUCUCCUCAGAAUCAAAGAGGCUUACCAGUCAUCUCGGGCAGAUUCACGUCAAGCAUCACUGCUAGGUGCAGUAGAACUCUUUAGAAAGGCCAAGAGUGAAUCUGCGAGUCAGAUGACAGAGGAACAAAUAAAGUUGUUCAAAUGGCAGAUGAGGCUUGAGGAGAGCCAACAUAAACCAUAUGCAAAUAAGUCCCUUCAUGACACUGUUCACCAGCUGUUACUUGAUGGACAAAUAAAAGAGGCAGAGAAAGUGAGAGCUGAGUUUAAAAUUCCUGAAAGAAGAUAUUGGUGGUUGCGAGUUAUAGCACAUGCUCAAGCAGGCCAUUGGGAAGAGCUGGCUAACUUCUCAAAGAAUAAAAAAAAUCCAAUUGGUUUUGAGUCUUUUGUUGAUGCCUGUUUGAAAAAUGGAAACAAAACUGAGGCCCAUAAAUAUGCCCUGAAGGUCAAAGAUGAAAACAAAGUCACAUAUCUUACUAAGUGUGGACUCCUGGAAGAAGCAGUAAAAGUGGCUCAGGAACAGCGUAGCUCGACGGGUCUAACAGAAGUGUUAGCAGCCUGUGGACCCCAACACCAAGCUCUGCAGUCUCGUAUUCAGGCGCUGCUUAGUGAUGCAUCCCUAAGAAACUAAAUUAUAACCACAGUAUUUAUGGACCCAAGUUAUACCAAAGGACAACCCCUACUGUUAUCUUUGAUGUUUUGUUGCUUCUUGAGAAUAUCUUUUGUUUUGGGUAUAUUAUAAUCAUAAUAGAACUCUUGAGUGGCAGACUUCAUCCUCUCAAAAAAACAAAAAAAAACAUGCUAUUUGCAAAAGAAUUUUACAUAUAGAUUUUGCUGUUAUUUGCCAGUUGCAUUCACUUCAGAAAAUUUUAUUGCUUCCUAUAGGCAACAAAGCAUUAAAACUUGAGUUAAAAAUUAAGGAGCAUAUAAUACCCAUAAACUAAAUGUUUUAAUGCUCUUAUUUAUUUCACAUUGAGUGGGAGUCAGUUUAAAAUCAGUUCGUACACAGUAUACUAGGCAUUGCACAGUGGAAAACAGCAAGUGCCAAAUUCAGAGAAAAAUGCAAGUGUGGGGGAUUAUUAUUUUUAUAAUCAUAACUAAGCACUAAACCCACAAGGGUCAUAUAGCUCUGGGGUGUGGGAAGAUCUGAGCUAAGUUACCAGGCAUUGUUAUGGGGCUCUGAACUUAAUUUACAGACACAGAAGACAAUACAGUAUCUCUACAUUCUCAGACAGUACAUAUAGGAAUUGGUUCUUUCACUAACCCAAUUGUAUGACCCUAAUGGGUUUACUGCAUCUUUUUGUAUUAUAAUAAUAAUUAUUUCACUAACCCAGAUUUUGGCUGUGGUGGCACUUGAUCUAUGCUGCUGCACAAUGUACUUUAUGUACUGUGAAAACUAAGAUAAUUUGUAAAGAAUAUCCAUUUAGUUGUCAUUAUCAGUAUGUUAUGCAUUAUAAAUACAUUGUACUGCAUUUAAAUCUUAAUUUAAGGUAUAAUAGUAAUUUUCUUGCAUAAUUUAUAUUACUGGGAAAGUAAUGAACCCAUAGGGUGUUGUACAGCACCUGAGUGAUGAGAUUAUUAUACAGUGGUGCCCCGAGUUUCGGCCAUAAUUCGUUCCAGAAGGCUGUUCGAGUGCCGUUACCAAACAAAUUUGUUCCCAUGAGGAUUAAUGUAAAUUAGAUUAGUCCGUUUCAGACCCCCAAAUAUACACUUACAAUAAUACACUUACAUAAUUGUUCGAGUUAGGAGCUGUAUGAAACUCAGGGUACCACUGUAUUCCUGAGGGAAUGCAAUAAAUCCAUGGCAGUCAUAUGGGAAAUGGGAGGGCAAGACCAAUUCCUUAGAUUGAGAGCCCCUCAUCAGCACCAGUGAACCUCCCUUGGGGGGUAACAGGUUAGUAGUGAAGCCAGUUCUGUGGUCAUGGUAAAUGUGAACCAAGAGUCUGGGCAGUGAAUAAGACAUGGAGUAGCACAUAACCCACCACUACACUGUGAAGCAGUGAUGCAUCACCAGCAGACUUGUUUAACCCCUUUACUGUGCUCAUAUGCAGAAAACAAAAUUCCUGUGGCAAGAUUUUAAAAAAAAAAAUUAAAAAAUUAAAGGUUUAUUUGAUUCUUUAAAAAUACAGACUACAAUGAGUGGAAUCUGAUCAACACACCAUAAAAUCUUAAGUUGGCAAAAAACAAUCACUCGAUGCUGAAUUAUAAUUGUUUUUCAGUUUAAAAAUGUUUAGCAGUACAUUAGGGCCCUACUUAUACAGCAGGUUGGGUUCCAGGCUAUUGCCGGAAAGCAGAACGACAUUUUUUCCACUUAUAAAUGCAUAUAAAUGCCAGGUAACAAGUUUACACUAACAUAUAUUAUGUUAGCAAUAAAACUAAGCAUUGUGCAAGAUAGGUAUACAGUACCAACAAGAUGAGAGUUAAGACACUUGUGCAACAUCUGGUUAUCUUUAUUGUAGACGUUUUGCCAUCCAGUGGCUUUAUCAAUACAGAUUCUUGGACAUAAUUAGAAAAACAGAAGAACUAUAUACAAAAGAUGAGGUAAUCAGUCCCUCAGCCUUGGAGGUGGUGUUUACAGCACCGUGGUUGUAGAGAUUCUGAAGCACAGGUGAGGAGACUGGCGCUUAUAUAGGCAUCAGUGAAUAAGGACGUGUAGCAGACGAAGGCAUAGUCGCUGGUAGGCGGGAUUCCCCAGUUGGAAGUAGUAUUGAUAAAGCCACUGGAUGGUGAAACGUCUACAAUAAAGAUAACCAGAUGUUGCACAAGUGUCUUAACUCUCAUCUUGUCGGUAUUGUAUACUUGUCUUGCACAACUUGUCAGGCACUGCAACAUCAUGGAAUCUUGGUUCAGAGGACAUCUACAUAACCUUCUUCACGGCUUCUAACACUAACCCAUCAAUUUGGGUAGGACCUGCUUCCACUGGGGAAUCCCGCCUACCAGUGACUAUGCCUUCGUCUGCUACACGUCCUUUUUCACUGACGCCUAUAUAAGUGCCAGUCUCCUUACUUGUGCUUCAGAAUCUCUACAACCACUGUGCUGUAAACACCACCUCCAAGGCUGAGGGACUGAUUACCUCAUCUUUUGUAUAUAGUUCUUCUGUUUUUCUAAUUAUGUCCAAGAAUCUGUAUUGAUAAAGCCACUGAAUGGCAAAACGUCUACAAUAAAGAUAACCAGAUGUUGCACAAGUGUCUUAACUCUCAAAACUAAGCAUUAAAAACAAUAAAAAGUAAAAUACACACACAGUACACCCAUUACUUACCUUAAAAUUUUAUAGUCUUAAUGUAGGGUGAGAGGUGAGUUUAAUUUGUAGGAAGUCAGGUUUGGGAGGUAUGGUAGCCAGUCAGGUCAGCCCACCCUUCCCACAUGUAACAUACUACAUUUAAUUAAAGCUCCCCAGAGUGAUAAAAUACAUGUACAGUACAUUCAUUAAUUACCUUAAAAUAUUUGUAGUCUUAAUGUAGGGUGAGAGGUGAGUUAUUUGUAGGAAGUCAGGUUUGGGAAGUAUGGUAGCCAGCCAGGGAAGCCCUCCCCACCCCACCACACGUAAUGCAAACAAACCAGGCGAACGCGUCUGGUUUUUGUCACUUUACAUUGUCUACAAGUUGUCUCCACAUUGGUACAGUAGAAUAAAUAAAGAGAAACA